CAUCAACCAUGGUUGCCAGCAAAGAGUAUAAUCGAGAGGAUUCCAUGAGAGAAAAUCUGGAGCAGAUUGAAGAUUCAGACGCAGAAGAGUCUCUCUCAUUGUGUGAUCUACCCGUAUAUGAUAGAACAGCUUCAACAACUACCAAUUGGGAUGCAAAUGAUGAUGAUCGACGGCGUCCAUCAACCGAUCAAGAGCUAUUCGAGUUCUUCUCUGAUCUGAGAGCUGAUAUGUGCCCUGCUGAUGAUAUAAUUUUCUGUGGUAAGCUCAUUUCUUAUAAGGAGCAGGAGUGUUGCCAUGAGGAGGUUAAGAAUACUAAUCUUGAUGUCCUUGAUUAUGAGGAUGAUGAUGAUGAUGAUGAUGAUGGCAAGCAGAGUUGUACGAUUAAAAGCUUCUUCCGUCGACGAAGACGAUCAUCGGAAUCGUUGAAUGCAUUGCAGAGAUCUAAAACGAUUGCUAAAGAUCGGCUUCCGAUGCGAACAAAUAAUUUAUUAGAGUAUCGGAAAUUACGAAGAGUUUCGAGCACAACGAAGACGAAGGUAGAGACAAAUGAUCGGUAUAUGUCCGGUAAGUGUUCAGGAAAGGGGAAUUCUUCUUCGAUUUCCACAUCAACAACUCCUCUGGCGAAACCUAAGUGGCCCUUGUUGAUGUUUGGAAUGGUGAAUGUUCCCAAGGAAAUGGAGCUGAAGGAUAUUAAAAAUCGACAGAAUCGCCGGAAUCCAACAUUGUUGUUUCCAGCAAUUGUCGCCGGCGGUGGCACAGAAGAGGCUAAGGUUAGGAGGGAGGAAGAGAAGGGUUCUUGGAGACUGCUAAGAGCGUUGAGCUGCAGGGGACAUGCAAGUGCUGUGGUGACUGCGUCUUGAGGAUGAUGCAUUCCUGCACGUAUGACUCUCACGUGUGUCGAUGUUUGUUGUGUUACAUUUUGAUCCCUAG